AUGGCCGAAACGAGUGUCGACGAAGCCGAAAAGUGUAGUCUCAACAGAAGGAAGAACGACACUGCAUCUGCCAAGGAGCAAUCAAUGAAAGCUCUAGACAGUGACUAUUGGACUAAGACCAAGACGGGCUUAGAGGCUACCGACGACGGACAACGGCGAGCCAGUCAGGGACUGAAAGGAGAGGAUUGGUGCAUCUUUUCAGGGGGAGCUGAAGGCCAAGUCUCGUGGUUCAAAGAGACAGACAACGCAUUGCCUCUGUUGGGCUGUGGAGAAGGGGAGGCUCUGGGGCCUGGGGGGCCAGCAUCAACAUCAGGGGCCCGUGAGGGGACAUUGGACAAGGGGACCAUUGCCUAA